UCUCUUCUGACUUUGUGGUCGUUAAUGAAAACACAUGCCCCUCAUUUUCAAAUACAGAGAAAUAGACAGGGACCUUUCAUCGUUCAUAACUGGCCUGUUGUUCACAUAAAGUCGUGUUUCCUGUGAAGAUGUUCGGAGGAAAGUCUGAAGUGGCCAAUUCUAGCUUUCCUGGAAAAAAGAGAUCUCUAGAACUGGAAGGAACACAAGAAGCAAUUUUCCCUCUUCCCUCCUCCUUUGAGAGGGGUGGUAAUUAAAAGAUGAAAAUGCGUUUGAGCUCCUUUUGAAAGAUGGCAGAAGGGAUGGGGUGAGGGUCUUUACUUUUUUCACCUCACCCAGGAUUGGUGGAAGAAAAGCAAACUGCUUCCAGAUGUGGGAAAACCCAAGAGCCGCUCUCACUUCAGCUAGUCCUGGUUUCCUCCUUAACCCAGCGGCCUCCUACAGUUAAUGCCUAAUCUAUUAACAAUAGCACACAUACAUAUGUGUUUAUGGGAGGUCAGCGCCCGGGACUCCAAGGUACAAAGCCAGCUGCACAGCCAAGCCUUGCUCCAGUUCAGGGCUCAUCUUCAGAGGAAGCAGGGACGCAGACAUGUCCAAAGGAUUCUACAUCUCCAAGGCCUUUGCUGUCGCUGGUCUGGUGGUGACGGCCUCAGCGGCCGCCUCCAUUGUUGUCAUGGUGAUAGUGUUCCAGCAGCAAAUCCUCAGAAGGCCGCCCACACCUCCCAGCUUUCCGGCCACCACCAGGGCCCCCACAGUGGACACGAGGGACAUGAUGCGACUGCCCAGCAGUCUGAGGCCCGAGAGCUACAGGGUGGUCCUGCAGGUCCACCUGUUUCCGGAUCCCAACAGCACGUUUCACUUCACGGGGAACUCCACCGUGCAGUUCAGGUGCCUCCAGCCUACCAGGCAGAUUGUCCUCCACAGCCACAAGCUGAACCUGACCCAGCUGGCCAGCCAAUACGCGCUGCUGACUGGCCACACGGCCAACACGCCCAGGGUGGUGCAGAGCAUCCUGAGACCUGAAACCCAGUUCCUGGAGAUUUUGCUGGACAGGGAACUGGAAGAAGGGAAGACCUACGAACUCUACACUCAGUUUGCAGGAGAUCUGGCGGAUGAUUUAACAGGCUUCUAUCGGAGUGAAUACACGGAGAAUGGAGAACAGAGGUAUAUUGCUGCAACCCAGAUGCAGCCCACUGACGCCAGGAGAGUCUUUCCCUGCUUUGAUGAACCCGCAAUGAAAGCCGUGUUCAAUAUCACCCUCAUUCACCCGAAAGAGACUAAGGCGCUCUCAAACACUGCCAGCCAGACAACGCAAAACAAUGACUAUUUCAUCACAGAAUUUAUACCAACACCUAGAAUGUCGACUUACCUCCUAGCAUUUGUGGUCUGUGAUUUUGAUUAUUUUGAGAUUGGACCUAAUAUGAAGAUCUGGGCUCGACCUGAUGCGAUAAAUGCAGGCCAUGCUGCCUAUGCUGGGAACAUCACUUUGAAAAUCGUGGAGUUCUUUGAAGAUUACUAUGGCGUACCUAUCCCUCUGUCCAAAUUAGAUCAGAUUGCUCUGCCAGACUUCGGAGCAGGAGCCAUGGAGAACUGGGGUCUGAUCACAUACCGCGAGACAGCUCUGUUGUAUGACCCAGAGGUCUCCUCUACAGGAAACAAGGAGUGGAUUGCCACAGUAAUAUCGCACGAACUGGCCCACCAGUGGUUUGGAAACCUUGUUACAAUGAAGUGGUGGAAUGAUCUCUGGCUGAAUGAAGGUUUUGCCACAUACGUCUCAUACCUUGGAGCGAAUCACAUCGAACCCACCUGGAAUAUUAAAGACCUGAUGGUGCUGAAUGAAAUACAGAGUGUAUUCCAAGUGGACUCCCUGGCAACCUCCCACCCCUUGAGCUCCAGAGAAGUGGAUGUCAACACCCCUGACGAAAUCUCCGAGCUUUUUGACUCCAUCACCUACAGCAAGGGAGCCGCGUUGUUGAGGAUGAUGUCUGAGUUUUUAUCGGAAAAGGUCUUCAGAGCUGGGACAAAGACAUACCUAGAGGCUUUUAAGUACAAUACCACAGUUAACAAAAACCUUUGGGAACACCUACAGAAGGCAGCAGACGAGCACAAGUUGCAGCUGAAGGUUGGGGUGGAGGCCAUCAUGAGGACCUGGACUGAGCAGAUGGGCUACCCCGUGGUCACCAUCAACACCACCGAUGGAAGAGCCUCUCAGCAGCACUUUCUCAUCGACCCAGAAACCGCUCCUCCACAGCCAUCCAAAGCUGGUUACAAAUGGCACAUUCCCAUGACAUUGAUGAAGUCAGGAAAACAAGGACAGAAAAUGUUGUUUUAUGAAACAGGCUCAUUUCCAGACUUUCAGUGCAAAGACACCGAGUGGCUCCUAGCGAACAUCGAUUGCGCUGGUUAUUACAGAGUUAACUACGACUCCAACAACUGGAACAAGCUGCUUCAACAGCUGGAGAACAGUCACACAGUAAUACCAGUCAUCAACAGGGCCCAGCUAAUUGAUGAUGCCUUUAAUCUUGCGAGAGCAAAGCACAUCAAUACCACCCUUGCCCUGGACACAACCAAGUUCCUCUCUAAUGAGACAGAGUACAUCCCUUGGCAGUCAGCUUUGAAUAAUCUGGAUUAUUUCUUCCUCAUGUUUGAUCGCUCUGAAGUUUAUGGGCCACUGCAGGCAUACAUAAGGAAGCAAGUAAUCCCUUUGUACAACUACUUUGAAAACAUCACUGCUAAUUGGACAAGAAUUCCAGAUAAUCACAUUGACCAGUACAACCAGGUGAAUGCUAUCUCCGUCGCGUGCAGCAACGGGGUGCCUGAGUGCCAGGAGAUGGCCUCUGGUCUCUUCAAACAGUGGAUGAUGAACUCCAGCGCCAACCCGAUUCACCCCAACCUGAAGAGCUCAGUCUACUGCAGCGCCAUUGCCGCGGGGGGAGAGAGGGAAUGGAACUUUGCCUGGGAGAUGUUUCAGAACACAACCGUGGCCUCGGAGAGGGACAAGCUGAGAUACGCGCUGUCCUGCUCCAGGAAGAUCUGGAUCUUGAGCAGAUACCUGGAGUACACCCUGGAUCCGGAAAAGAUCAGGAAAAUGGAUACCACUUCGACCAUCAACUACAUUGCCAGAAAUGUAGCAGGGCAGUCCUUAGCUUGGGACUUUGUCCGAGCCAAGUGGUCCUUCCUACACGGAGAAUACGGAGGAGGAAUAAUGUCUUUCGGCAGCCUGAUCGAUGGCGUGACCCAGCGGUUUUCUACGGAGUUCGAACUCGAAGAGCUGGAGAACUUCAAGAGACAGCACGAAGAGACGGGCUUCGGCUCGGCCGCACGCGCCCUGGAGCAGGCCCUGGAGAGGACCAAGGCCAACAUCAGAUGGGUGAAGCAGACCAAGGCCUCCGUGCUGGCGUGGUUCCGCAGAGAGUCUGGGGACUACUGAGUCACACAGGUCCUCGCCACACAGGCUCCUCUGGACGGAAAGCAGGACCACACUCCAAAGCUGUGUCUUCUGGGGAGCUUUCAGAGCUGCCACUGGGUGAAAUUUAAGCGUCUAGGGGGAAAAAAAUCACUGAAAAUAUUAGUUAUUUCAUGAACUCUACAAGAAAUAGGAGAAGUGAGAAGUACACAGAGACACAAGUCACUGUUGUCACUUCAACAGACUUAGAGGAUCUUUGAUUGUGUUUGGUAAUCCGCAACAUCACUGGAAGGGGGUGAAUAUUUCCGCAGGGCGCUAUAUACAUCCGAGCUGUUCUCCCAAAUGCCAGCUUUCCAAGGUCAGUCCCUUUCCUUGUUUUUUUCUUUUAAAAUCUUACUGAAAUGUUCUAAAAUCGUGCUUUAAAUAGGAAACAUUUAAUCUAUUCAUCUAAAUCUUUUUUUAAAGACAUGGCCUUAGAGCAGAGAGUGUUCAUAGACGCUCCUGGCAAUUCUGGUCCUCAAGUCUGAUGUUAUCAAAAAUCCAUGAAGAACGGAUUGUUUAUUUUUUAUUGCCUUAAAAUGGGACUAAUUUAACAGAAGAUGCACUUUAACUACCAGUAAAGGAACAAAUAUUAAAUCAUGACCGGCACACAGAAAUAGUACUGUUCAGCUGCAGUCUUAAAUUCCUUCUAUUUUAUUCUGCAAUUGAAUAUGCUUUUGUUCUGUUUAAACUAAUGGUUUUCCAUUUCUGAAACGGAUUUCCUGUAAUUCACUCAUUCAGCAGGGUAUAUCUUACUCCAUCUUCGCUACAAAUAUUGAACUUUCAAAAGAGUUCAUGGCAAAUCUUCGAACCUAAUUGCAUGAUUUGCCACAAUCUGAAAAUGGCGUGCAAAUAAAAAUUGUCAGAACCCAUCUUAUUCUCUUUGGAAUAGAUGCCAAAACUGUAUAGAUAACUAUUAUAUUUAAGAUAAAUAUAUAUCUCUAGAGAUAUACAUCUCUUAAGUCUGAAAUCCUUCAUGCUGACAGUUAUAUUUUUCUGACGUUUCUCAGUACUUAUUUUUGCACUCCCUGUUUAUGGUUAUUAAAUGUAUAUAAAAAGUUGUAAACAUAUAUAUUUGCAAUGAUUUUUAGAUACAGCUUCUAUCUGCAGCUUUUCGGAGAAAAUAAAGAAUUAUAAUGGUC